ACUAACUGCUCCGCCGGUACCGUCGUCAUGGCUCGGACCGGCUCCGGGACCCUUCUCUCCCGCCGAAACAUCAAGCUGGACUCCUUCCUGAAGCGGAACACGGAGCAGGCGGUGUACGAGCGGAUCCGAGCCUACGAACCGUGCGUGGUGAUUUCAGAGACCGUUAACAAAGUGUACAUGCACGUAGUGCUGAGCGAUGAGCUCGUGUACCUCACAGAGUACCCGCCGCGCACGCUCACCGCUGCCGUUAGCUUCAGGCGCGUGCGUGACAUCGAGCUGGUCAACGACCUCCCAGAAUUCCUCAGUGGGAAGGACAGGGAACGCUGCCAGCACAUACGACUCACCUACGUCACUGACAAGCCUGCUGCGAAGGGACGUGACUGGUUGAAGAGAGACAAGAGGACGGCACUUCCUCCUGCAGCCCCGCCCUCUCGCAGAGGCAGCCACUGCCCUUUAAUAACGCACACCUUAGAAGGAUAUCCUGCAGGGAGGAGCCGCAGUGAAUGGAGGAAAGGAGGAAAGGAGCCCCACAUGUUAAAGCCUACCCGCUCUGCCUCCUGUCCAAACCCUGAGACUCUUGGCCUCCUGAAGGUCCCACACCCUCCCACCCAGCCGCCCUCCUCAGCACCCUCCCUCUACUCCCCCACCAGCUCCCUCACCUCUUCUCCUUCACCCUCAGAACAAAGCCUGAGGACAAUUAAGAGUGGUCAGGUUCCGAGGAGGAUCGGCUCGGUUCUGUCUCGUCUGCUCAGAAGAGACUGUGUGAACAGCAGGGAGGAGAGGGAGGCGGAGCUGCAUCUCUACGCCGUCUCACAGACGUCCAGACUUUACCUGCAUCUACAGAGCUCAUGGAACAGUUUUAUUAUCAGGUCCACUCUAUUGUUGGACCCACUCUACAGAAGAAAGUGCAAUGCUUCCUCUGACUCCUCCCCUGGGAAACAGCGUCCGGCCAUCAGCUGGGAGCGGACGGCCCACCUGUUCGCUCAGCUGAGCUCGGAGCUGCUGCAGGACGAGAUCAGUGUGGAGAGUUCGUACCUGCUGCUGCAGGAGCUGAGAACUGCUGCUCACCGCAACGUCACACUGCGCAGACUGUUCUGGAGGUCCAGUGAGGUUUGUGUUUUCCUGGUUCAGACUCUGGAGGAGUCUCUUCACGGCUGUCAGGGCCUCAGUGGAGUCUACACAGAAGAUCAACUACUACUGAGCACCGUGAUCGUCCAGACGCUCGCCGUCAUGUUCAGAGAGACGGAGGUCGAAGCAGCCAGACUCAACCUGCUCUCUGCCAAGAAAGGUUGCCUGGCCUCCAGGAUGCUGCUUGCCUUGAUUUGUGAUCCACGUCUACAGACACAGAACCGAGGAUCUCAGAUUGACUCUGAGCUUCAGGCCUUACUGUCUGAGUAUCUGGACGCUGCCUGCUCUCUGCUCUUUGAGCUGCUGUGCUCAGGCCACGAGACCAGCGAGUGUUUCUCUUUUGAAAACCUCCUGUCUGUCGGCUGGAUCCUGCGAGUCCUGCAGCCUCAUCCUCACCUGCUGUCCUUCAUUGGUUACCAGGCCCAGCAGGUGGUGCUGGUUCUGUCAGACCUGCAGGAGUCGGUCCUGAGCCCCGUCCAGGCCGUCCUGUUGUUCCAGCGCUGUCGCCUCCUGCUGGCCUGCCUGCAGUACAACAGCCAGCUGGCUCAGCACCUCCGAUCACACUUCAGAGAGGAGUUCAGGUACUUUGUGAAGCCGUCAUGUGCUGAGGAGAAGCUGCCGCCUCACUACCCGAUCAGCUUACCAACUCUCCGACUGGUCGAACGCAUUCUGACUCUUAUCCUGCACAGAUGA